UGCGAGCGCAUUUCCCCCACACAACAGAACAAGACCAACCAAUCACCACCCAAUAUGAUCGCUGCCCGCCUUGCUGUUCUCGCCACGGUGGCGCUGGCUGCGCUGGUUGCUUUUGGUGCCUGUGGCACUGAUGCUCAGACGCAGGUGCCCAUUGACCCUCAGUGCGUCAACUCCUCUCACCCGCCCCACCUCGUCUCCUACCACAUUCACAUUCUGUUCAACGCAAACAACCAGGAUGAGGUGAGCCGCGCCAUGGUUCUGCAGCAUGAGUUUGCGUCCCACUUCAAGGUUCCCAUUGGCAAGAAGGAGAACUGCUCGUUUGCAGCCGGCGACCCGCGCCCGGAACAGAAGUCCAUCUGCGCCUACCCGACAAGCUGGCUGCCCGACGGCCCCUUCCCAACUGCCCAGUACUCGUUCUUCGUGCCCCGCUCCUUCUACGGCGAGACAGUGCAGUGGAUCAUGCAGCGCCGCGACGGCCUCGACCUCCUCGUGCAUCCCAACUCUGGCUGCGAGAUUCAGGAUCACCUGCACUGGUCCAUGUGGGGUGGCACCCCUUGGGAGCUCAACGUCGCCGCCUUCCACUGCGACUCCCCCGGCUGCAUCCCGCCAAACUAACUCCCUCCAACCACACGCUCCCACACCCACACCCACACACCCACACACCCACACACCCACACAAAUACAAACACAACUC